CGAUCCGGAUUAAGGGGCCGGAGGCGGGUCUUGGGUACCAGCGGUUCCGACACCCCCCGCCCUCUGCGCCGCACCCGAGUGGCCCCCAGCCGAGCGGGUCCCCACCUCCCGGCCCGGCCUGGGCCCUCCUGCGCCUUCCGUGGCCUUUGUCCGGCGCCGGGAGGCCGGUCCCGCCACCCCCGCUGCCGCCCGGGCCCGGGCCCGCGUCGGGCGCCUGGCUCUGUACGCGAGCCCGGGGAUCUGCGGCCUCCGCGGCCCCCCUCCCCCGCCCGCCCUCUCGUGGAGCCCGGCGCCGGCGGCGGCUGCCCGGGCGGGGGUUGCGGCGCUCAGGAGAGGCCCCGGCUCCGCCCCGGGCCUGCCCAGGGGGAGAGCAGAGCGAUCUGCAGCCGGGUCGGGUCGGGGCCCCUCCCUGGAGGAGCGUGGAGCGGCGGCGGCGGCGGCAGUAGAAAUGAUGGAAGAAUUGCAUAGCCUGGACCCACGACGGCAGGAAUUAUUAGAGGCCAGGUUUACUGGAGUUGGUGUUAGUAAGGGGCCACUUAAUAGCGAGUCUUCAAACCAGAGCUUGUGCAGUGUGGGGUCCUUGAGUGAUAAAGAAGUAGAGACUCCUGAGAAAAAACAGAAUGACCAGAGAAACCGGAAAAGAAAAGCUGAACCAUAUGAAACUAGCCAAGGGAAAGGCACACCUAGGGGACAUAAAAUUAGUGAUUACUUUGAGUUUGCUGGGGGAAGCGGGCCAGGAACCAGCCCUGGCAGAAGUGUUCCACCAGUUGCACGAUCCUCACCGCAACAUUCCUUAUCCAAUCCCUUACCGCGACGAGUAGAACAACCCCUCUAUGGUUUAGAUGGCAGCACUGCAAAGGAGGUCUCGGAGGAGCAGUCUGCUCUGCCAACCCUGAUGUCAGUAAUGCUAGCAAAACCUCGGCUCGACACAGAGCAGCUGGCACAGAGGGGAGCUGGCCUCUGCUUCACUUUUGUUUCAGCUCAGCAAAACAGUCCCUCUUCUACAGGAUCUGGUAACACAGAGCAUUCCUGCAGCUCCCAGAAACAGAUCUCCAUCCAGCACAGACAGACCCAGUCUGACCUCACAAUAGAAAAAAUAUCUGCACUAGAAAACAGUAAGAAUUCUGACUUAGAGAAGAAGGAGGGAAGAAUAGAUGAUUUGUUAAGAGUAAAAUGUUGUUUUCCAUUGAAGGCCAACUGUGAUUUGAGACGGCAGAUUGAUGAACAGCAAAAGAUGCUAGAGAAAUACAAAGAACGAUUAAAUCGAUGUGUGACAAUGAGCAAGAAACUCCUUAUAGAAAAGUCAAAACAAGAGAAGAUGGCAUGUAGAGAUAAGAGCAUGCAAGACCGCUUGAGAUUGGGCCACUUUACCACUGUCCGACACGGGGCCUCUUUUACUGAACAAUGGACAGAUGGUUAUGCUUUCCAGAACCUUAUCAAGCAGCAGGAAAGGAUAAAUUCACAGAGGGAAGAAAUUGAAAGACAGCGGAAAAUGUUAGCAAAGCGGAAACCUCCUGCCAUGGGACAGGCCCCUCCAGCAACCAAUGAGCAGAAACAGCGGAAAAGCAAGACCAAUGGAGCUGAAAAUGAAACGUUAACAUUAGCAGAAUACCAUGAACAAGAAGAAAUCUUCAAACUCAGAUUAGGUCAUCUUAAAAAGGAGGAAGCGGAGAUCCAGGCAGAGCUGGAAAGGCUAGAAAGGGUUAGAAAUCUACAUAUCAGGGAACUAAAAAGGAUACAUAAUGAAGAUAAUUCACAAUUUAAAGAUCAUCCAACGUUAAAUGACAGAUAUUUGUUGUUACAUCUUUUGGGUAGAGGAGGUUUCAGUGAAGUUUACAAGGCAUUUGACCUAACAGAACAAAGAUAUGUAGCUGUGAAAAUUCACCAGUUAAAUAAAAACUGGAGAGAUGAAAAAAAGGAGAAUUACCACAAGCAUGCAUGUAGGGAGUACCGGAUUCACAAAGAACUGGAUCAUCCCAGAAUAGUUAAGCUGUACGAUUACUUUUCACUGGACACGGACUCGUUUUGUACAGUAUUAGAAUACUGUGAGGGAAAUGAUCUGGACUUCUACCUGAAACAGCACAAAUUAAUGUCGGAGAAAGAGGCCCGAUCCAUUAUCAUGCAGAUUGUGAAUGCUUUAAAGUACUUAAAUGAAAUAAAACCUCCCAUCAUACACUAUGACCUCAAACCAGGUAAUAUUCUUUUAGUAAAUGGUACAGCAUGUGGAGAGAUAAAAAUCACAGAUUUUGGUCUUUCCAAGAUCAUGGAUGAUGAUAGCUACAAUUCAGUGGAUGGCAUGGAGCUCACGUCACAAGGUGCUGGUACUUAUUGGUAUUUACCACCAGAGUGUUUUGUGGUUGGGAAAGAACCACCAAAGAUCUCAAAUAAAGUUGAUGUCUGGUCAGUGGGUGUGAUCUUCUACCAGUGUCUUUAUGGAAGGAAGCCUUUUGGCCAUAACCAGUCCCAGCAAGACAUUCUGCAAGAAAAUACUAUUCUUAAAGCUACUGAAGUACAGUUUCCGCCAAAGCCAGUAGUAACACCUGAAGCAAAGGCAUUUAUUCGGCGAUGCUUGGCCUACCGAAAGGAGGACCGCAUCGAUGUCCAGCAGCUGGCCUGUGACCCCUACUUGCUGCCUCACAUCCGAAAGUCGGUCUCCACAAGUAGCCCUGCUGGAGCUGCUAUUGCAUCAACCUCCGGGGUGUCCAAUAACAGUUCUUCGAAUUGAGACCCACUCCUAGGCCACAGACUGUUCAACAUACACAGUGGACAAAUGGCAUUCAGCAGCGGGUUUGGAACAUAGCGAAUCCGAAUGGAUCUCAUGAAACCUGUACCAGGUGCUUUUAUUUUCUUGCUUUUUUCCCAUCCAUAGAGCAUGACAGCAUCGAUUCUCAUUGAGGAGAAACCUUGGGCACCUCUGGCCAGGCCUCGUAGGAAAAGGCCCCGCCCGAGGUUCCGGCGUCAACGGCCACUGUGUGUGGCUGCUCUGAGUGAGGAAAAAAAUUAAAAAGAAAAACUGGUUCCAUGUACUGUGAACUUGAAAACAUGCAGACUCAGGGGGGGUCCCUGAUGCAGUGCUUCAGAUGAAGAAUGUGGACUUGAAAAUACAGACUGGGCUAGUCCAGUGUCUAUAUUUAAACUUGUUCUUUUCUUUUAAUAAAGUUUAGGUAACAUCUCCUGAAAAGCUUGUAGCACAAAGGCUCAGCUGGGGAUGGUGUUUGACUUUGGAGGAAAAAAGUUGCUAUUGCCCGUUAAAGGCACUAGAGUUAGUGUUUUAUCCCUAAAUAAUUUCAAUUUUUAAAAACAUGCAGCUUCCCUCCCCCCUUUUUUAUUUUUGAAGAAUACAUUUGGUCACAAAGUGAAACCCGUAUUAGCAAGUACGUGGCAAUGUUCAUUCCAAUCAGAUGCAGCUUUCUCCUCCGUCUGGUCUCCUGUGUGCAAUUGCUUCCCUCAUGUCAGUAGGGAAAAAAUUGAGUGGGAGUACUGAGAUGUGUGGGCUUUUGCCAUUGGACAAAGAAUGAGGUUAGAAGACUGCAGCUUGGGUCUCUCUAGGUUUUCAACUAUUUCUUCACAAUUUAAACACUUGACGGUUGUCCCUUUUAAUUUAUUUGAAGUGCUAUUUUUUUAAAUAAAGGUUCAUCUGUCCAUGCAGUCCUCUUGGAUUCUCUGAAUGUAGUAACUAUCGCAACUGUUGAAAGGCAGGCAGAAAACAGGCUGGGCAGCCAAAUCCAAUGCCCCAGGGAUCAGGAGUCCUACCCGCAGUCUCUGUGUGCUCGCUAAAUGGUGCACAUUACUUGUUAACCACAAUAUUAAAACUCGAUCAGCACAUAAGCUUUCCUCUGUUAGAUCUUUUGGCAGGAAAUAACCUCCAACCUCUAAAUUUCGUGAGUGUGUGCUGGUGUGUGUGUCUGUGUGCAUGUGCACACGUACUUUGUCUAACUCACUUUAAUAGAUGCACUAAGUGGAGGUAAAACAUAAUCUCAAGGGAAAUAGGUAUUUCAAAUAUGAACUCUUUUUGGAACUAAUAUUUUUUUUUAAUGUGGCUGUUUCUGAGAUGUGAUCAACUGAAGAUGGAGCUAAAAUGGGAGCUGCGAGGCCCUACCGUGCCCUUGAAACAGCAGAGCACUCGGCAGUGGAGAGGAGGCAGAGCCCGAACAUGUGGUAGCCAGCUUGGAAUGUUACUGACAUAUGUGGCAAAAGGGCUUAGCCAGAAAUAUUUAAAGAUGCAGCAUUCAGGCAUGCGAGUUCCCUGGGCAGGGGGAGGGGAGUCAGGAAGGGUAGAGAGCUCUCAACUAACUCAAGACACUAGUGUUUCUUUUAUAUAUGAUAAAUGCCACUGGUGACAUGUUUCUUAGGUCCUUUGUUUGUUCUAUGAACCUGCCCCUCGCCCCAGAAUCAGGCCGUCUUAAGGGAAGCGGAGUUCCAAAUUGGAGAGAGGCAUGUGGGUAGGUAUCAUCCUGUGGACUCUGAAUAGAAGGAAUUCAGCCCCAGAGCCCUUGGUGCUGCCAACUUUCUAAAGCUGUUUUAUUGCAGUGUAUAUUUAUACACAUGUGCACAUAAACACACAGACAAAUAUCUGUGCACACAUGAUGUGUGUGUAAAAUACCUUUUUUAACUAUUACAAUCAAGCUACAAAGCGGAGAGUACCCAGGGGAUCUCAAAGGUUGAGCACAAUGCCAAAAGGAUGGUGUCUGCACAUGAAGAGAUGAAGUUGACACUAGAUUUAAAUUUACUCCGAAUAUUAAAUUCUGUUCCUUUUUUCCUCCCUCUCACUCAAUAAUCUUGUAAAAAUUUUUAACUUUUUUAGCAGUUUAAGAAAUGCUGCAUCUUUCAGCUUUCCCUCUAACGUCCUGCCUCCUUUUUCCGCAUGGGCUACACGAAGCUGCAGGGCUUUACUUACCUUUCUUUUCUACCUGGUCCUGAAGAAGGGAUGCCCUCUCUCCUUGCUUUCGUUGAGUCUAGGGCCUAGUUGAAGCUGCCUGGGCUUGGUUGAGUCUGGGCAAGGCCUCUUUCCACUGCAUGGACCAGCCCCAGAAAACAUGCAGAAGGUUGACCUUUACCAGACUUUUAAAUAGCCAGUGAAAUCACUAAGUGGGGUUCUUCCACGAUAUAUUUUGUUAAUAUGGGUUUCACUUUUUCCAAGGAUAAUCCCUUAUUGCCAUGAUGUUGAUUUACUUUAAACUGAUUUUUUAAAUGUGUAUUAAUUUGUAAUGAAAUCCAGCCAGACUGUUUUGGCCUUUCCCAAUCUGGGGGGUGGGGAGGAUAUUAAAAUAAGUUUUAAGAAGUGAA